AUGGCUUCCCUCCUCCUUGAUGUCAGUUUCCCUUCUAGUUUCCUUCUUGAUAUCACUCAUGGCUUCCUCCUCCUUGAUGUCAAAUACCUUUCUAGUUUCACUCUUCUUGAUAUCACUCAUGGCUUCCCCCUCCUUGAUGUCAAAUACCUUCUAGUUUCAAUUCUUCUUGAUAUCACUCAUGGCUUCCCCUCCUCCUUGAUGUCAAAUAACCUUCUAUUUUCUCUUCUUGAUAUCACUCAUGGCCCCCCCCUCCUUGAUGUCAAAUACCUUCUAGUUUCACUCUUCUUGAUAUCACUCAUGGCUUCCCCUCCUUUUGAUGUCAAAUACCUUCUAGUUCCCUCCUCCUUGAUGUCAAAUACCAUGGUUUCUCUUCUUGAUACUUCCCCUCCUCCCUCCUCCUUGAUGUCAAGCCCCCCCUCCCCUUCUAGUUUCACUCUUCUUGAUAUCACUCAUGGCUUCCCCUCCUCCUUGAUGUCAAAUACCUUCUAUUUCUCUCUUCUUGAUAUCCUAUGGCUUCCCCUCCUCCUUGAUGUCAAAUACCUUCUAGUCUCUCUUCUUGAUAUCACUCAUGGCUUCCCCUCCUCCUUGAUGUCAAAUACCUUCUAUUUCUCUCUUCUUGAUAUCCCAUGGCUUCCCUCCUCCUUGAUGUCAAAUACCUUCAGUUUCACUCUUCUUGAUAUCACCAUGGCUUCCCUCCUCCUUGAUGUCAAAUACCUUCUAGUUCCUCUCUUCUUGAUAUCACUCAUGGCUUCCCUCCUCCUUGAUGUCAAAUACCUUCUAGUUUCUCUCUUCUUGAUAUCACUCAUGGCUUCCCUCCUCCUUGAUGUCAAAUACCUUCUAGUUCCUCUCUUCUUGAUAUCACUCAUGGCUUCCCCUCCUCCUUGA